GACAGACCACAGCGACCACAACAUGCCAUUCAAGAUCAGAAAAAGCAAGUUGAGACCUAUGCCUGCAUCUUCCCCUGCCCCACGUACCCUUACAGAAGAAUUGGAGACUGUCCCAGGACCUGCUGUGCCUGAUGAAGAGGACGCGGGGCCUUCGUCAGACUCUCAGGCUGCCCCACUCCAGGAGCAGACGAAGAGAAAAAGUCCAACUGCAGGUGAGGGGGAAAGACUGUACCCCUGGAGAGAAGGACACCAGGAAACCAUGGCAGCUUUUUGGCGCAACAAUCCACUGUUUUAUGACAAGGGACAACAACACUACAAGAACACAGCCAAGAAGAGACAACUGAUGCAGGAGUUGAUAGAGCGGAACCGUAUGGAGUGGGAGGAGAUCCACAGACCCGUACCAACUGUUCCUGGUGUCCGGACUGCACUUGAUCCUACGGAUGAUGAUGAUGAUGAUGAUGAGGAUGAGAUGGAGGAGGAGAAGAGGAUGAAGAUGAUGAUGAAGAGCAGAUUCUGCAGGGGACACAGCAGGAGAGUCAGCAGCCAUCCACCUCCCACACCAAGUCCAAGGGGAAGGGCACGAACAGGAGGUUGGCUCCACUGCCAGCAGCCACUCCAGAAGACACGCAGGAUGUGUCUGAGAUUGAGAUAUUGCACCAGGCCAGGAACCUCCUGGGUAGCAUCAUGACUCCAACAAAGACGCUGCAUGAGAGGAGGGUGAGGGACUUCUGCAGGUACUGGAGUCAGAGAUGCUCUCAUACCUGAGAGAGCAUGGGACCACUGCAGUGCCUCUGUUAUACAGUUGGUCCGGGGCUGCAGAAAUGCUGAGCUGCAGGGUCCCCAGUCCAUGUCCCUGCAGCAACCACUGCAGCAGAGUUACGGGGGCCUGUACCCGCAGCAGCAGCAUGGAGGAUAUGGUCAGCAGCCUGGUACCAGCCACCAGCCUGGCACCUCACCGCAGCAGCAGAGGCCCGGCAUUGUGGCUGAGACCGGGCCUGCCUUGGACUCUACGGAGCGGUAUGCUGAACGAUUGGAUGGGGUGCUACCUCUGAGCAAUGUAGACAACGUUAUGACCACAAGACAGAUAAUCAUCACUGGACAAGUUGAGGAGUUGGACUUCACUGGAACAAUAUAAUUAUUGACUUUCAUACAACACACAGAUCCACCUCCAGUCUAGUGUGGUGAACCCAAGUGAAAGCACGGGAGCAUCCA